AUGGCCAUCAAUGAUUAUGUUAAGACUUCUGUCGGCAGCAAAAAGGCGGAUAUUGGCUUGGAUGUCGGCGACUAUGUCGUUGAUAUAGACAAGAAAAAGGAAACGGCAAAGAAAGGAGCCCCUCCAAACACCUGUAAUGAACCCUUAGUGGUCUAUGACACUGACGCCUGUAAUGAACCCUUAGUGGUCUAUGACACUGGCACCUGUAAUGAACCCUUAGUGGUCUCUGACACUGGCGUCUUGGUCUAUGACACUGACGCCUGUAAUGAACCCUUAGUGGUCUAUGGCACUGACGCCUGUAAUGAACUCUUAGUGGUCUAUGAAAUUGACGCCUGUAAAGAACUCUUGGUGGUCUAUGACACAGACGCCUGUAAUGAACUAUUGGUGGUAUAUGACACUGACGCCUGUAAUGAACUCUUGGUGGUCUAUGACACAGAUGCCUGUAAUGAACUCUUGGUGGUCUAUGACACUGACGCCUGUAAUGAACCCUCGGUGGUCUAUGACACGGACGCCUGUAAUGAGCCCUUAGUGGUCUAUGACACGGACGCCUGUAAUGACACCUUAGUGGUCUAUGACACUGACGCUUUUGAUGAACCCUUAGUGGUCUAUGACACUGACGCCUUUGAUGAACCCUUAGUGGUCUAUGACACUGACGCUUUUGAUGAACCCUUAGUGGUCUAUGACACUGACGCCUGUAAUGAACUCUUAGUGGUCUAUGACACUGACGCUUUUGAUGAACCCUUAGUGGUCUAUGACACUGACGCCUGUAAUGAACCCUUAGUGGUCUAUGACACUGACGCCUGUGAUGAACCCUUAGUGGUCUAUGACACUGACGCUUUUGAUGAACCCUUAGUGGUCUAUGACACUGAAGCUUUUGAUGAACCCUUAGUGGUCUAUGACACUGACGUUUUUGAUGAACCCUUAGUGGUCUAUGACACUGACGCCUGUAAUGAACUCUUAGUGGUCUAUGACACUGACGCUUUUGAUGAACCCUUAGUGGUCUAUGACACUGACGCCUGUAAUGAACCCUUAGUGGUCUAUGACACUGACGCCUGUGAUGAACCCUUAGUGGUCUAUGACACUGACGCCUUGGUCUAUGACACUGACGCCUGUAAUGAACCCUUAGUGGUCUAUGGCACUGACGCCUGUAAUGAACUCUUAGUGGUCUAUGAAAUUGACGCCUGUAAAGAACUCUUGGUGGUCUAUAACACAGACGCCUGUAAUGAACUAUUGGUGGUAUAUGACACUGACGCCUGUAAUGAACUCUUGGUGGUCUAUGACACAGAUGCCUGUAAUGAACUCUUGGUGGUCUAUGACACUGACGCCUGUAAUGAACCCUCGGUGGUCUAUGACACGGACGCCUGUAAUGAGCCCUUAGUGGUCUAUGACACGGACGCCUGUAAUGACACCUUAGUGGUCUAUGACACUGACGCUUUUGAUGAACCCUUAGUGGUCUAUGACACUGACGCCUUUGAUGAACCCUUAGUGGUCUAUGACACUGACGCUUUUGAUGAACCCUUAGUGGUCUAUGACACUGACGCCUGUAAUGAACUCUUAGUGGUCUAUGACACUGACGCUUUUGAUGAACCCUUAGUGGUCUAUGACACUGACGCCUGUAAUGAACCCUUAGUGGUCUAUGACACUGACGCCUGUGAUGAACCCUUAGUGGUCUAUGACACUGACGCUUUUGAUGAACCCUUAGUGGUCUAUGACACUGACGCUUUUGAUGAACCCUUAGUGGUCUAUGACACUGACGUUUUUGAUGAACCCUUAGUGGUCUAUGACACUGACGCCUGUAAUGAACUCUUAGUGGUCUAUGACACUGACGCUUUUGAUGAACCCUUAGUGGUCUAUGACACUGACGCCUGUAAUGAACCCUUAGUGGUCUAUGACACUGACGCCUGUGAUGAACCCUUAGUGGUUUAUGACACUGACGCCUUGGUCUAUGGCACUGACGCUUGUAAUGAACUCUUAGUGGUCUAUGAAAUUGACGCCUGUAAAGAACUCUUGGUGGUCUAUGACACAGACACCUAUAAUGAACUAUUGGUGGUAUAUGACACUGACGCCUGUAAUGAACUCUUGGUGGUCUAUGACACAGAUGCCUGUAAUGAACUCUUGGUGGUCUAUGACACUGACGCCUGUAAUGACACCUUAGUGGUCUAUGACACUGACUUCUGUAAUGCGCCCUUAGUGGCCUAUGACACGGACGCCUGUAAUGAAUCCUUUGUGGUCUAUGACACUGACGCUUUUGAUGAACCCUUAGUGGUCUAUGACACUGGCGCCUUUGAUGAAACCUUAGUGGUCUAUGACACUGACGCUUUUGAUGAACCCUUAGUGGUCUAUGACACUGACGCCUGUAAUGAACCCUUAGUGGUCUAUGACACUGACGCCUGUGAUGAACCCUUAGUGGUCUAUGACACUGACGCCUUGGUCUAUGUCACUGACGCCUGUAAUGAACUCAUAGUGGUCUAUGAAAUUGACGCCUGUAAUGAACCCUUAGUGGUCUAUGGCACUGACGCCUGUAAUGAACUCUUAGUGGUCUAUGACACUGACGCCUGUAAUGAACCCUUAGUGGUCUAUGGCACUGACGCCUGUAAUGAACUCUUUGUGGUCUAUGAAAUUGACGCCUGUAAAGAACUCUUAGUGGUCUAUGACACUGACGCCUGUAAUGAACUAUUGGUGGUAUAUGACACUGACGCCUGUAAUGAACUCUUGGUGGUCUAUGACACAGAUGCCUGUAAUGAACUCUUGGUGGUCUAUGACACUGACGCCUGUAAUGAACCCUCGGUGGUCUAUGACACAAACACCUGUAAUGAACCCUUAGUGGUCUAUGACACUGACGCCUUGGUCUAUGACACUGACGCCUGUGAUGAACCCUUAGUGGUCUAUGGCACUGACGCCUGUAAUGAACUUUUAGUGGUCUAUGAAAUUGACGCCUGUAAAGAACUCUUGGUGGUCUAUGACACAGACGCCUGUAAUGAACUAUUGGUGGUAUAUGACACUGACGCCUGUAAUGAACUCUUGGUGGUCUAUGACACAGAUGCCUGUAAUGAACUCUUGGUGGUCUAUGACACUGACGCCUGUAAUGAACCCUCGGUGGUCUAUGACACGGACGCCUGUAAUGAGCCCUUAGUGGUCUAUGACACGGACGUCUGUAAUGACACCUUAGUGGUCUAUGACACUGACGCUUUUGAUGAACCCUUAGUGGUCUAUGACACUGACGCCUUUGAUGAAACCUUAGUGGUCUAUGACACUGACGCUUUUGAUGAACCCUUAGUGGUCUAUGACACUGACGCCUGUAAUGAACCCUUAGUGGUCUAUGACACUGACGCCUUGGUCUAUGACACUGACGCCUGUAAUGAACCCUUAGUGGUCUAUGGCACUGACGCCUGUAAUGAACUCUUAGUGGUCUAUGAAAUUGACGCCUGUAAAGAACUCUUGGUGGUCUAUGACACAGACGCCUGUAAUGAACUAUUGGUGGUUUAUGACACUGACGCCUGUAAUGAACUCUUGGUGGUCUAUGACACAGAUGCCUGUAAUGAACUCUUGGUGGUCUAUGACACUGACGCCUGUAAUGAACCCUCGGUGGUCUAUGACACAAACACCUGUAAUGAACCCUUAGUGGUCUAUGACACUGACGCCUGUAAUGAACUCUUGGUGGUCUAUGACACAGAUGCCUGUAAUGAACUCUUGGUGGUCUAUGACACUGACGCCUGUAAUGAACCCUCGGUGGUCUAUGACACGGACGCCUGUAAUGAGCCCUUAGUGGUCUAUGACACUGACGCCUUUGAUGAAACCUUUGUGGUCUAUGACACUGACGCUUUUGAUGAACCCUUAGUGGUCUAUGACACUGACUCCUGUAAUGAACCCUUAGUGGUCUAUGACACUGACGCCUGUGAUGAACCCUUAGUGGUCUAUGACACUGACGCCUGUAAUGAACCCUUAGUGGUCUAUGACACUGACGCAUUUGAUGAACCCUUAGUGGUCUAUGACACUGACGCCUGCCUUUGA